UAAACAUGGUCAGCGCAGUGGUUAAUAGCGUCAGCGCUCAUGAACUAUUUAUAAAGUAUUUUACAAUGACAUACUAUAACUACAGCGACGUACUGUAAUCACUGGGACGAUUUCACGGCGAGGUUUUUACUACAACUCGGGACAUAAUUUCUGUCACAGUUUUUGAGGUUUCCAUCAGACCCCGGGAGCACAGACCGAGGCGGAGAGCCACCUUAUGCGGGCCCGCCCCACGCCGAGAAAAAGGGACUUCCGCAUGACCAAAACUGAAGACUCGGGAUUGGACCCCGCCAUCACCCUCCGAUGGACUGGUCUUCAUACAGGGGGACCCACUGGAGUAUCAAGAUGUCAGUGAAAGCCAAAGCCAUCUACACUUUUCUAAGUGAAAACAAAGAGGAGAUCAGCAUCCAGGAGAACGAGGAACUGGUUAUCUUUGAUGAGAACUCCGUGGAUGGCUGGUUUCAGGGGGAGAACAGCCGAGGGGAGAGGGGUCUCUUCCCAGCGUCUUAUGUGGAAAUUAUUCGCACUCGCUCAAACUCUAAUGUGACUGACUGCUCUAUCAGCCCGGCGGGCUCUUUAGGAAAUGACUCCUCCUAUUUCCCCCCCAUCCCAAUCACCCCUCCGCAUUUGCAGCAACCGUAUGACGAUGAUGACGAUGACGACUGGGACGACUGGGACGACAGGUCCACAGUGGUGGAGGAUGCUGACCCCACUAGGAGCCCGGGGGCCAAUGGACAUACCCAUCAGAGCCCACUGUCCAACAACCCCAAUGUGCACUACCGGGCCAAACCAUACAUGGAGAGACAGGACAGCAUCUCCAGCUCAAGGAAAGGCAGUAUGGUGGGGAGGAACUUGAACCGAUUUUCCAGCUUUGUACGCUCAGGGGUGGAAGCGUUUGUCCUGGGUGAUGUACCCAUGAUGGCAAAGAUAGCUGAGUCGUACACCAUUGAGAUGGGUCCCUUGGGGCCCCGGUGGAAGGAGAACCCACAGCCUUUCUCCUGCUCCAUUGAAGACCCCACAAAACAGACAAAGUUCAAGGGCAUCAAGACCUACAUUUCGUACCGGGUCACGCCGAGUCACACAGGGCGUCCCGUCUACAGGCGUUACAAACACUUUGACUGGCUGUACAACCGCUUACUGCACAAGUUCACUGUGAUCUCUGUGCCUCACCUGCCUGAGAAGCAGGCUACGGGGCGAUUUGAGGAAGACUUCAUCGAGAAGCGUAAGAGACGACUGAUACUGUGGAUGAACCACAUGACCAGUCACCCAGUUCUUUCCCAGUAUGAAGGCUUUGAGCACUUUCUGAUGUGUGCUGACGACAAGCAGUGGAAACUGGGAAAGAGACGGGCUGAGAAGGACGAGAUGGUGGGCGCCCAUUUCAUGCUGACCCUCCAGAUCCCUAACGAGCACCAGGACCUUCAGGACGUAGAGGAGCGGGUUGACUCCUUCAAGUCCUUUGCUAAAAAAAUGGACGACAGCGUGAUGCAGCUCACACAUGUUGCCUCAGAGCUGGUGCGUAAACACCUAGGUGGGUUCAGGAAGGAGUUUCAGCGGCUGGGAAAUGCUUUCCAGUCUAUCAGCCAGGCAUUCAUGCUGGACCCUCCCCACAGCUCAGACACCUUCAACAACGCCAUAUCCCAUACAGGCCGCACCUAUGAGAACAUUGGAGAGAUGUUUGCAGAGCAACCUAAGUAUGACCUCUUCCAAAUGCUGGACAAGCUGUCGCUCUACCAAGGCCUGCUCGCCAACUUCCCCGACAUUAUUCAUCUACAGAAAGGUGCCUUUGCCAAGGUGAAAGAGAGCCAGCGGAUGAGUGACGAAGGGAAGAUGGACCAGGACGAGGCGGACGGGAUUAGGAAACGCUGCCGGACGGUUGGGUUUGCCCUCCAGGCAGAGAUGAGCCACUUCCAUCAGCAGCGGGAGGUGGACUUCAAAGACAUGAUGCAGGCCUACCUCAGGGAGCAGAUAGCCUUUUACCAACGUGUUGUUCAGCAACUGGAGCGCACCCUGCGCAUGUACGACUGUCUGUAAGGACACCAAACCGCUGCCCGGUUCAAGAUGCCUAAAACACACAGAAGAGAGAGAAAGGAAGAUCCAGGCCAUUUUGUGUUGGUCACAUUUGGCUUACGAGUGGCAGAUAAAUGAAGCAGUAGAUACUGGAAGACAUACAAAGCCAGUCUUUCCCCUUGAUGGAUUCAAAGUCAUAUUUUUGUUUUUUUUUGUUUUUUAAAGACCUACUGUACCUUUUUUUCUGAAAUACACAUCACAUUGGCAAUAUCACGGUGUAUUGUUUAUUUUACAUAAUUUAAGGUGUAUGUAACAUUAAAAUAGGAAUAUAGGUUUCAAAUUCAUAGUGGAUCUAUAGUUUGAUUGUUCCAUAGUCUAACACAUGAAAGCCAUGAAACGGGUUUUAUUUUGAAAUUUUCCCCUCCUCUCCAACGUCAUGCACUUUGGCCUCUCCAGGGACUGACUUCAUGUUACUUCCAAUGUGUAAAAAAUCCCAAGAAAUAAACCAUUCCAGGUAUUUUUAAAAUUCAGCAUUGUAGGAUUUUAUCAAAGUCACUUUUAUCAAAAUGCGAAAGAAAAAAAAAAAAGUAUUUCUGUCCAAACAGCUGUACGAGCAAUAUAGUAUAGGAGAAUUUCACCAUCACCUUCUCUAGUUCUUGUUAAGGGCUCAACUUGCUCAGGUGUUAACUGCUUUGUUUCACAUACUUUCCUCGUGUUAUCUCUUAAUACAAGUCACAGACGCCUGCCUAAGCCUUGCAACACGUUAUUGAUACCCUGUAUUUCAGUUUCAUUUCCUUACUUUUUAUCAUGAAGUAAGUGCCUAUAAGGAUCUGAGGCAUUGCGAUGGAAUAUUUGUAAAUGGACCAUUUGUCUGUAGCAUGGCUUGUGUUUCAUAGGGUUAAUUGUUGGAACGAGUUGCGUUCGGAACAAGUUUGCACAUGUUUUUAUAUACUGUUGGGUCAUAGUGUGUGUGGGUGUGUUUAUAUGAAGGUGAGUGAAUGAGUCAACAACUGUGCUGAUAAACAAUUCUCCCUUUCUAUGUAGCAGCAGAUCUACCUAGCCAUUUAAUAUGAAAAAUAGUCCAAUAUUUUAAGUGGAUUUAAGCAGGGGUGUAAGGCAGAAGAACGAUUUGGUGAGUUUUGGGUUUUAAUGCAUUCUGGGUUAAUCAUUUGUGCAUUGUCUAGAGUUUUAAAAGCGCACUUAAUGCCCAAAUAAAACCAAAUUAUAUUAAUCAGAAAAUGUGUAUAAUAUAGCCACAAUAACAAAGAAUAUAUCAUACUUUUUUU